UGUGAUAAUGCAACCGAGAGUAUUUAGUACUUACUAUAGAGUGACUACUUAGUGCUUAUUAAUUCGAUAAUGCUUAUUUAGUAUUCUUGCCUCUGGUGCUUUUGGAUAUUUCGAUUCGUCGACUGCUUAUUGUUUACGGUUUUGAAUGUUUACAUUUCCUCGAACGGAACCACAACUUUCCAAUUCUAAAUGAAAAAAGUUCAAAAAUUACAUCCAUUCAUAGAAGAAAUUCUAUAAUAACACAUUCAAUGUAAACCAACAACUACAAAUGUUAGGACAUUGAAAUAUUUAUUAUUGACAGCUCGACUGUUUUUCAGUUAGUACACACAAUGGAAGAAAACAUCAACUUGUCCAGUGUUUCCGAAUCAAAAGAAUUGGAAGCAACUGAAUUUUAUUUUGAAACAGAUUUUUAUUUAUUAAAAAAUAAUAUGGACUAUAAAAACCUAUUAAAAUCAUUAGCUAUUCUUGAAAUGCAAAGGUGUACAACAAUUCAGAACAUUGAAAAACUUGCAGUAUUAAAAGAUUAUUUUUCCAAAAAUCCAUCCUUAGCAUUAAAAAAAAUUUUAAAACAUGAUGACAUUGGUACAUUGAAAACAGUUAACGUUCAAAAGAUACCAGAUAUUGACUGGUCAAUUUAUAAAACCAACAAUGAAACAGAAACUGAGCAAUCAAAACAGGUAUGCGAUAUUAAUUUAAGACAUAAAAAUGUUUCUGAAAAACAAGAAGUACAAACAGUUAAUUCAAAUGAAGUAGAAAAACCAGAAACAUUUAAAAAACCUUGGAGUGUUGAAGAACAACUGCGUCUUGAAGAAUUAUUAGUAGAAUAUCCACCAGAAAGAAAUGAAAGCAAUAGAUACAGAAAAAUAGCUGAAGCCUUGGGCACAAGAAAUUUGCGACAAGUUUGUAGUAGGGUUCAGAAGUAUAAUAUGAAAAUGAAAAAAGUAGGCUCAAUAAAAUCAAUUAAUGCUAGUUCAAAAAAUUUGAAUAAAAAAACUGUAUUUCUAAGUCAUAAGAAUACUGGUGCAUUAUUGAAGCCAACUACAUUUAUACCAUCUACUACAUUAAUAAAAGAUGUGGAUGUUUAUAAUGCUAAUCGAAACAAUUUCAACUGUCACAAAAAUAUUGAAAUGAGUACUAAGAGCAAAUUAUUUAUUUUAGAGGAAGUUUUAAAAGACAAACUCUCUGAAAAAAAUCAUAAUAUUGUUCAUCAAAAUUUUAAAUGUUGUGUAUGUCGGUCAUCUCCUAUUAUUGGAACUAGAUGGAAUUGUAAUGACUGCCCAGCUAUCGGUAAAAGUUCUGAUUUUUGUUGUGAUUGUAUUGUCGACAUGGUGAAAAAUGUUCUUGUAGAAGCUCCUCAUCCAUUAGAUCACUUGGUUACUCCUAUUCGAAGUGUUCAAGUAAAUGAUGACAUUAAGAGUCUUGUUGAUCCUAACUAUGUACCAUUAGUAUUUAAAACUCAAAAUUAUUUAGACCCCAAUUUUAUGGUUUAAAAUGUAUAUGAAUUAUAUAAAUUUUUUUUUUAU